GAAGCCGGGACGGAAGUUGGCAGUCCCCUGACCGGGCGUGAGUCUUGCGCUGUCGUGUCCCCCUCGUGGGCCGAAUCCGUCGCCAUCGGGGCCCGCCUGGGUCGCAGAGAGUUAUAGAAGAUGGCAAAGUUCCUGGCACCCGUGAUUCAGGACAAUCCCUCGGGCUGGGGUCCGUGUGCUGUUCCUGAGCAGUUCAAAGACAUGCCUUAUCAGCCAUUCAGUAAAGGGGAUCGACUGGGAAAGGUUGCAGACUGGACAGGAGCUACUUAUCAAGAUAAGCGAUACACAAAUAAGUAUUCAUCCCAGUUUGGUGGAGGCAGCCAGUAUGCUUAUUUCCACGAGGAAGAUGAGACCAGUUUCCAGCUGGUGGACACAGCACGGACACAGAAGACUGCCUACCAGAGGAAUCGCAUGAGGUUUGCACAGAGGAACCUUCGGAGAGACAAGGACCGUCGGAACAUACUUCAGUUCAACUUGCAGACGCUGCCUAAAAGUGCCAAGCAGAAGGAAAGGGAUAGACUGCGCCUGCAAAAAAAGUUUCAGAAGCAGUUUGGAGUGAGGCAGAAAUGGGACCAAAAAUCACAGAAGCCUCGUGACUCUUCUGUAGAAGUUCGUAGUGACUGGGAGGUAAAGGAGGAGAUGGAUUUCCCAAGGCUGAUGAAGAUGAGAUACCUGGAAGUGUCAGAACCUCAGGACAUAGAGUGCUGUGGGGCUCUAGAAUACUAUGAUAAAGGCUUUGACCGCGUCACCACAAGAAAUGAGAAGAUCCUUCGCAGUAUCAAGCGCAUCUUCCAUACCGUAACCACCACUGAUGAUCCCGUCAUCCGCAAGCUGGCCAAGACUCAGGGAAAUGUAUUUGCUACCGAUGCUAUCUUAGCCACACUCAUGGCCUGUACUCGCUCUGUGUAUUCCUGGGACAUCAUUGUUCAGAGAGUUGGAUCCAAGCUCUUCUUUGACAAGAGGGACAACUCUGAUUUUGAUCUCCUAACAGUCAGUGAGACUGCUAAUGAACCACCCCAGGAUGAGGGCAAUUCCUUCAAUUCCCCCCGCAACCUUGCUAUGGAAGCCACCUACAUCAACCACAACUUCUCCCAGCAGUGCCUGAGAAUGGGGAAAGAAAAAUACACAUUUCCCAAUCCAAACCCAUUUGUGGAAGAUGACAUGGAUAAGAACGAGGUGGCUUCUGUUGCAUACCGGUAUCGAAGGUGGAAGCUCGGUGAUGACAUAGACCUGAUUGUACGUUGUGAACAUGAUGGAGUGAUGACUGGAGCCAAUGGAGAAGUGUCAUUCAUCAACAUUAAAACAUUGAACGAAUGGGAUUCAAGGCAUUGUAAUGGAGUAGACUGGCGUCAGAAACUGGAUUCUCAGAGAGGAGCUGUGAUUGCCACUGAACUGAAAAACAACAGCUACAAACUUGCCCGUUGGACAUCUUGUGCGCUGCUGGCUGGAUCAGAAUACCUAAAACUAGGAUACGUGUCCCGUUACCAUGUAAAAGACUCCUCGCGGCAUGUGAUCCUGGGCACACAGCAGUUCAAGCCCAACGAAUUUGCCAGUCAAAUUAAUUUAAGCAUGGAGAAUGCCUGGGGCAUCUUGCGCUGCGUCAUUGACAUCUGUAUGAAACUGGAUGAGGGCAAGUACCUCAUCUUGAAAGACCCAAACAAGCAAGUCAUUCGUGUCUACAGUCUGCCUGAUGGUACCUUUAGCUCUGAUGAAGAAGAGGACGAUGAAGAGGAGGAGGAGGAGGAGGAAGAGGAAGAGAGCUGAACAUUGUGUCAGAUGUCAAAGCAACAGUGGCUUGAAAGCACACUCAAGUAGUAGUGAACUCAGUGGAUGGAUCAAACCUGAAUCUGUGCCUCACUUCCUUACAACCAAAAGAAUAAAAUCAGUUCUCCUGA